GGCGUCGUCAAGUUCGUCGGCGAGGUCCACUACGCCAAGGGCGAGUGGGUCGGCAUCGCGCUCGACGAGCCCGAGGGCAAGAACGCGGGCACGAUCAAGGGCGUCUCCUACUUCGCCUGCGACGACAAGCACGGCAUCAUGGUCCGCCGAACCGAGUGCAAGGUC